CGCCAGAAUAACACCGCAUGCCGUCAGUCAUUAGACGAGUGUAAGUCGGUGCAAAAUUCGCAGUGGAAGUUUACAUCACUUCAUCUCGCCGCCAAGCAUUUUUUAUUAGUCUGCCCGCGGUUCCGCUAAAUUGGACUUUGGCUUUUACAACUUUACUCGAGCUGUCUUGCGACAAAUCCGCAAGUCACUUUAGAGACCCCGAACAAGAGAUAAAAGGUACGAUUUGGAGUUUGGAGUGCGUUAGUUGAUUUGGAUUUUAGUCGCGUGUGUAGGGUUGAGUGCUUCAGGUGGUUUUCAGUCAGCUAUUCGAGGACUUAGGGGGAAGUCGAGCGAUCUACCGUAAACUGAGCGGGUUUAAUACCACGUGCAUAGAAACUUCGCAGCAAUCGUAAAAUGUCCAAUUAUAAAGAAAUUCCCUUCGAAGUAAAACACGAAACCAUAAGACAAUGGACUGAGUUCAAAAUGGCAGUGCCAUGGGGGCAUAUCUCUGGAAAGUGGUGGGGACCAAAGGAUAUUCGGCCUAUUCUAGCACUUCAUGGUUGGCAGGAUAACGCCGGAACUUUCGAUACUUUAAUGCCUCUGCUACCGACUCAUUUAGGUUUCCUCGCUGUCGACCUACCAGGGCAUGGACUAUCAUCUCACUUACCGGAGGGAAUGGUAUAUCACACAGUAGACUACGUCAAGCUAGUCCUUAUGAUCAUUAAACAAAUGAAAUGGGAUAAAGUUUCUAUAUUGGGCCAUUCAAUGGGUGGAUUCGUCGGUCUUUGGUUUGCGGCCAUGUUUCCGGAUAAAAUAGAUUUGCUAAUAACCAUAGACAGUUUGAAACCAUUACCACCCCCAAAAGAACAUUUUUGGGGCUUCUGUGGAGGUCUGAUCAGCAAAACUAUGCUGUGUGACGAAAACAGUGCAAAUGGCCAGGAACCACCAUCCUAUACGUACACCGAAUGCAUAGAACGGCUUUACGUCGGGGCUGAAUCUAUCGAUAGAAGUAAAUGCCCCUUCAUAUUGGCAAGAAAUCUAAAGGAAUCAGCUAAGUACCCCGGAAAAUUUUACUUCUCACGCGAUGCUCGCCUCAAAUAUAUGAACGACGGCCUAUGGCCGCAUGAACAUUAUAUGGUUUUAGCAGCCCACAUGCGGAUACCAUACCUAUUCAUUGAUGCGUCGGAUGCUGCACCAAAGGAAACACCUAAAAAUUUCAACGAGCUAAUAUCAUCAUUUAAGAAAAAUUCAUUAUUUCAGUGCGAGGAAGUAAAUGGCAGGCAUCAUGUCCAUUUGAAUGAACCUGAAAAAGUCAGCGGAAUUAUUAGCAGCUUUUUGAUGAAGCAUCGAAUUUUGUUACAUCAACAGUCAAAACUUUAAAAGUUCGGUAUGUUUUUACUCCUAAAUCUGAAUGUUUUUUUCUAACAUUUUUCUUUUCUAAUACAUGAACAAAAUUUAAUUCCACAAUCUUAAAUAGAAAAUUGCAAACUUCCAGCGAAAUAAAUUAUAGACAAAUGUUUAAAAUUACACCUCUCGUAUAUUCUUCAUACAAGCCUUCCUGAAAAAUCCUUGACAAAUGAAUUUCAGUAAUGUUGCAAGUCCUUCAUUUCUUUGAUUAUUCAGAAUUCAGAUUCAACAACUAAAAAUACAAUAUAAUGACUUUAAAAACGGUUUGCCAAAAAAUAAACGCAAUAUUUCUCUCUUAUUUGAUAAAAUUAUGACCCCCACAAUGAAUUUUAUUCACCGAGGUUCAGGACAAAAAUUUAAUCCACAUUGUUGAUCGGACUCGUUUUUAAGGUGAUUAAAAUCGAUUCAAGGUUGUCUAUCCACAACCGAUUUUCUCGAAAACGGAUGAACCGAUUGUCACGAAAU